GGUAUAGAUUCCAGAGGAAGCUUUGAAUACUCGAAGUUGUAUCGUCACUUCAACUUCCUUUGCUAGUUCGAAACAAUCAUGUCAGCAACCUUCGGCUCUCCCUAAGCCCGAACCUCUCCUUCUCUUUCUCUGCAAGGAACUUCACCAUUUUUUUCUAUGGAGAAAUCAGAAGGACCCAUUGUUGAAACGAGAAAGGAACUCAUGGUUUCACUCUCUGGUGAUGCGAAGCCAACACUUAGAACGGCCCAUUUUAUCAAACCCUCAAUUACCUCCUCCAUUGAUGAAAACACUCCCAAACACCCAUCACACUACAACUUCUCCUUGCCCUUUAAAUUUGAACCCAAAAAGUGGCCUUUAAGAAUAACAUUCCAUGGUUGGAGAAAUGCACAAAGGAGGUGGAAAGAAUGGGUUGAUAAAAUGGCUGCUUUGCAUGAAGCAACAUGGAGAAAAGUUGGAAUCUAUCAAGCAGUCAUGAGUUCUCUUUACCAAAUCGGAAGAGACGAUGAUUUCCUUAUUGGGUUAGCAGAGAAAUGGUGUUUUGAAACUAACACAUUCAUUUUUCCUUGGGGUGAAGCAACAAUCACCUUGGAAGAUAUUUUGGUUGCAGGGUACUCUGUUUUGGGGUCCCCUGUUUUUACCCCUCUUGAAACAGAGGAAUUGAAAGAAGCUGAACAAAAGCUUAUGGAAAUCGGAGAACUGUUGAGGCGGUCAAAAAGCAAAAAAGUGGACCAUUCUUCCUGGAUUAAAUAUCUCAUGGAAAACAACAGCGAAGUCGAGCACGAGGCUUUUCUGUCACUAUGGUUGUCAAGGUUUGUUUUUCCCACUCUCCCAAAUAUGAGCAUUCCCAAACAUGUUUUUCCAAUUGCUGUUCGUCUAGCUAGAGGUAUCAAAAUUGCACUAGGACCUGCCCUUCUUGCAAGCAUUUACCGAGACAUGAGGUUGUUGAAGAAAAAGAUUCUAGCUUUGUCCAAUUUAGAGUCUUUUGAGGAUGACAAUGAUGAUCAAAAGGUAGAACUCACCAUUUGGUCACCAUUUCAUAUAGUUCAGGUUUGGGCCUGGGAGAGGUUUCCAAAAUUGCAACCAAAGCCUAAUGUGACUGACUUGGAAGUGCCGAGAUUAGCUAGAUGGCAUAAUGUGAAUAGUUCAACCGUUAGGAAUGUAAGAUUGGCCCUAGAUUCUGAAGGAAGUUUCCAGUGGCGCCCUUAUGCCACAGCCGUGGAGAGUUUGUGCUACAAAAUUUAUGGUGAUGAAGAGAAGUGGGUGCUUGUUGAUGUUGAUGUUGAUGAGGAAUUGAAGUCCUUUACUCGAUGCUUGAGAGCAUGUGAACUAGUUGGAAUAGGGUGUGUAGAACAGUACAGCCCCCAUCGAGUGGCAAUGCAGUUUGGCAUGGAUCAAGAUCUUCCAGGUCCUGUAAAGAGAAGAAAUGAAACUCAAGAACUUUCCUGGAAGCGUUUUGAUAAGCAAAUCAAGAAUGCAAUGCUAUAUAUUCCAUCAAGACAUUGCAAGCCAGAUGUUACUUUGAGAUACUUGGAAUGGUGGAAGCAAUCAGUGUUUGGUGGGAAAGAUGGAAGUGGAAAUCCAAAAAGUUCAGAAAUUUCGGUUCCAUGUUUCAAAGGGAAGAAGUCAGAUCAUGAUCCUCUGUAUCCUCCUGGUUUCCCUCCUGAAUGUCAACAUGUUGAAGGCUUGAACUCUGAUGAGGAGGAUGAUCUAACAUUGAAGGAGUUGUUUACUCAUAAAAAGCUCAAAAUUGUUGAUCAUAGAAUAUAUGGUUAUCACAAGUCUUUGCCGGCUACUGCACAUAAUCUAUUAUCUUCUUCCGCAGAAAACAAUGAUGUUACAAAUGUUGAUGCAGAGAUGAAAUUGAAGGAAAACAGCUUUCAGAAGGAACCUAGGAGUGGAAAAGAAAGCACAACCACGGAAAACUCCAGCAAAAACAAAUUAGAUAGCCCUAGUCCAGUACUCCAUGGUGCUGGUUUUCUUAAAGAUGAUGAAAGAGGAAGUAGGAGUCGUUUUGAUAUUCACACAGAUGGAUUAGAACUUGAAGCUCGGAUCGACAAGCUUAGGAAAGAAAUUGAUGGGCUAAAGGCUGCUAAAUUUAGCCAGAAGAAGGUUUGUCUGACCAACAAUAUCAACUUGUAGUUAAUACAAAUAGAAUUAACAUGCCGAGUCAGGUCGAUAUAUAGAGUUCUACAGGUCUUUUGGCAUAUGUUUUAGUUACUUUUUGCACGAACUAAGUAGCAAAAAUUGCUUGGAGCCAACUUGUCUCAUUGCAGAAAUAAUUGUAUGUUUUAUAGCUGGUAUGUCUGUAAUGAUACAUGUAAAGUGUACCAGCAUUGUGCAAUGGUUCAUGUUUCAGUCAGUUCUUAGCUGAGUUUCUCUGUG